AUGUUUAAUCAGCGGCAAUGGACCGAGUUGAACGCUUUCUCUGCCUCAUUCGGUUCCAACAGUGGCAGCGGUGACGAUGGUAAACAUGGGCAGCACCAGCCGGGACACCUGCAACACUAUGGUGGUGCAGGGCAACAGCCUCCUCAGGACCAGCAUCAACAUCAGCAUCAGCAGCAACAAUUCUUUCAGCAAUCUCAGCCCGCCUCCUCUCUGCCUAUUCAACAGCACUUCCAACACCAGCAGCACCAGCAGCCCGAGCAGUUACCCUUCCAAUACGACUUCUCACCACGAGAGGAAUGGCCAAAGUUCAGCUUCGACCAGGCUCCAUCGAGACAGGAGGACUUGACGGGCGACUUUGGUGGCUCCACCAGCAAUGACAUGGACUGGACACCCUCUGGGGAUUUCCAGACCGAUUUUUCUCAACAAUUCCGGACCGAUGGCCAUGAUCUUCAACAUAUCAAGCCGGAACCAGAGAGUUUCCCGGACAACGGGUCUCGAGGAAGUGGCGUCGGCCGUCUGAUAGCACAGUUCGAACACAAGGACGUUCAACCUCCUCUACCACCACGACAUGUAGGCAACGCUGCGACAAGUCCCAUCACCAUCGGCCACCAGGCCAAUCAGUUUGAUCAUUUUCAAGGUGCGCCACAAGCACAAUCCUUCACUAGCAACCCGUUUCAGAGCGCCUCUUUUGCCAGCAACCGCGUGCAUACCCCGACCGAUAGUCGUUUCGGUUCCUACGGGACAUCUCACUCCAGGGCCAUGAGUCCCGUUGCGACCAGCCCACCACCGGCGUCCUUUGGCAGUUUCCAUGAUCGCCUAGGCAGUCCUGGUAUAGGCCAGACUUCUGACCCCUUUGGUAGUCUAGACGACUUUGUGGCCCAGAGCCGCAUGGGCCAUGUCCAGGACACCAUCAUCUCGUCGCCGGCGCCAACCACACCGAGCGUCACGUCAGGCACGCCUGGAUUCUCCAUCUGGCGACCGCCUGGCCAGGAGGAACCACAGCAGCAGCAACAGCAGCAGCAGAGCUUCCAGCACUACCAACCACCCCAAAAUUACUUCCAGCAGCCGCAAUCCUCUCUGCAGCGACCGGCCAGCAGAAAUAUCGCUACAAGUCCCGGCGGAGGUUAUUUCCGUCCAGCCUCGUCCUCGAAAACCACGCCGACGCCGGGCAGCCAGUUCAUCCUAGAGCUAAACCCCGGCUCCAAAUCCAAAGGCAAGGCACCCGCCAAACCCCCCAAGCCCAAGGCCCCGAAGCCUUUCCUGCCGGUGACGCAAUCAAGGACAGAUGUGAAGGAUGAGCCCUUGACGCCUUCUCUGAUUGACGUGCCGGAGCCGGACGAUAUUGAGUCCACGCCACGCCCCUCCAUCGCGAGCAGCCGGGCAUCACGCGAGCAGGUACCCGCCGAGGCAUGGGAGGGACUCAAGUCAACGAUCCGCGACCUCUAUCUCGUCGAGCGAAAGCCACUGAAGCAGGUCAUGUCGAUCAUGGCGGAAAAGUACAACUUCCAGGCGACUCCCAAGAUGUACAAGACGCGAUUCUCCCAGUGGGGCUUUGUCAAGAACAAUACCGAGGAGGAGGUCAAGAAACUCCUGUCGAUGAAGUUCCAGCGCGACGCCGAGGGCAAGGUGUCCGAAUUUGUGCGGAACGGCAAGAUUGUCAACCUCGGUACCUAUCUCAAGCGAAAGGGUGUCACAGAGUACGAUCUUGUGGAUUUCGAGCUCCCGGCCAACCUGCCGUCGCACAUCCGCUGCCGGACGCCGACGCCGCCUCCGGCCCCCGAAUGGGCCAAGGCCCCAGAUCUGGUCCGCGCGCAGGAACUGGUGGUGGGCAACAUGCGCAAGGCUUUCGCGCAGUGUCGGCAGUGGGAGCUCGAGACGCAGAGACGAGUCGGGUGGCCUUCCAUCAUGGUCUGGGGGGCGCCAUCCAGCGAGAUGCUCACAGAGGCCAACUUCUAUUUUGAGGCGGGCGACGUGGACUCGGGAGGUCAAUGUCUGAUGAACGCAUUCGAUCAGCUCGAGAUCGACCUCAAGCAGCUGUCGCCGCAGGCUAUCCUGGAAGUGAUCCUCGGUAUGGUGCGUCGGGAUCCGGGCCUCAUGACAGCGCUGUGCAAGUAUGUGGGCGCCUUCUCGACUACAAAUCACGACCGGGCGCAUCCUCUGCGACAGGUGUUCACGUGCUUGUACGAGGUCCAGCAGAAACAUGGCGCCGUCACGCUCUCGGAGAUGCUCUGGGGCAGCGCGGCGCUGAUUGCGGAGGAACUGGAGGCCAUCUACGGCCGGCGCCAUCCAUAUGUGGCACGCACAUGGAUAGAUCUAGCUGUUUUCUACGAUCAAAAGGACCCCGAGAAACUGGAAAAACUGGCCUUGGAGCUCAAAGCGCUGCAUCGACAGAUGGAGCAGGAGAAGGGCGCUGACUUUAGCGACUUGCUCGCAUUGCGGUACGCUGUCACCCAGCUUUUCCAUGCUGCGGACGCCAACAGCACGGCGACCAAGCAGGCGGCCGGCGAGCUGCUGGCCGAUAUGAAGAAGGCCAAGCUCCUUUGCCGGGUGAAGGAUGCUCGAGCGAACACGUACUGCUACCACUGCGCAGUCAAGAACGAUCCUUGGACCAAGCGCUGUCGCCGACGCUACGAUACGAUUGUAGAGCUGCUGGAGAAGCAUACGGGCGUCAAGAUCAUUCCCUACUUCGAAGAGGACUUCCACACGAUAGAGCACGCACACGAGUCCCAGGAGUCGUGGGGGUCCGCGAUGGCGCAAUCCAGUGCUGGCUCGCGGUGGGGGUUCCUGUGA